AAUAAUAAAUUGCAACUGACUGCUUCCGUAUUUCAGUUCCAGCGUCUUCUCUGCAGGAGACUAUUUUUUUUUUGCCCAGAGAUUAUUGUAGUUCAUGAAAGCAGCUUUUUAAAAAAUGGCUAAAAAAAACUUGGGGUUUAUGAAAAAUUAAACAGGGUGAGCAGCUCUUUUUUCUUACACUAGUCAACAUUAGUCCAGGCUUGUUUACUGGAGUUACACAAGUGUGUCAGAAGAUUAGAAUUAGGCUGUUCAGACAAAAGAACCAACCUGUGGAAAAGUCCUUCCUUCUGAAGUUGGGGUUUGGGUGGAGAUAGAAAAUCUGAGGGGCAAGGGUAGACAAGUGAAUCCACUGGGGCCUAAAGCCCACCUCAUGGAAUUCAAAUCUAAAAUAAAUAAAAUAAUGGCCUACAUUGUAGUAAGCCAGGGUCUUCAAUAAAGCUUCUGUUGUGUAGUUAACAGGUGAUAAAAUUUUAGUUAAGUAAUGUGAGGAAGAUCUGAAAUACUUCAAUUAUGCAUUAUGAAUAUAGAACAAUUACUACUCAAAACAUUUACUUCAACUGAGAAGGAAAUAAUUAACUAAAAAAUACUGUCACUCAGUGUUGAAAUUUCAAGUAUAGUGUAUGACCUUCUAUUAAUUGUAUUUGCCAUCCAGGAAAAAAUAGCCAAGUAAUAACUCUUGCAUAAUUCUAUAUAGAAAUAUGGCCAUGGAAAUGUAGUAUUAAGACCAAGAUAAGUUUGCUGCCUCUUUUUUGUUUUGUGGUGAAUGCAAGAACAGGUGUCACAGUGGGAUCCGUGUGACUGAAUCAUAUACUCGUACUUUAAGCUGUACUGUAAAUCAUACUUGAAAUUACAAAUGGGAAGUAAUUGACUCAUCCACACCAGUUUGUUCAUUUCUUUUAUUCUACUUGAGUUCCAGAUGGUUCCCCAGUAAUAGUAACAUAAGCAGGAUUCUAGAAUUGCAAACCUGGCAAGUGAAAAUGGGCCUGGGGGUAGAAAGGUACCCUGGCUUGUCACAGAAACCAAGGCUUACCACCUACUGAUCACGACAUUCUUUAAUUUGAAGGCCAACUACUUGAGCUCAACUUUUCAAGAGAGUCUGCUUACAGGCCUUUUACCUAAUAAUGUUUAAAGUCAGCUAUACAUGCAGGGGAGGAAAAGCAACUUGCAGUUGUGUUGCUGGGGGAGGGAAACUUCCCAUUAGUGCUUCAGGAAAGGGAACAGAUACUUUGAUCAGGCUCAAGGCGUCCUCUGCCUCCCAGAGAACAUGCGUAGGACAGGGCCUUCCUUUAAGCCUCAUAGUCUUGCUUUUCCAAAGUGUGCACCCCCACACCCUGUUCCUCAAAAUGGCAUCUCUUCCCGAGACAGUUCUCCUUCCCUAUGCCACGCACUGACAGCUCACCUUUGCCCACGAACAGCCAGCAGAACAGGACCGGAGUUGGGUUACUGAGGAAGAAGACAGGGACAUGCUUGGGUCCUGAGCAGUGACCUUGUAUAAACAGAUUUCUCUGAUGGAGAAAUCACUCUUGUAUUUAGCUCCACAUCCUUAGUAUUUAAUAUUGUCUCUAGGGAAGCAGUUCCACCAGGAAUUCUUCAUCUUUCACUUUUAGACUUAAAAGUUCUUUACACAUAAGUCACAUCUCCUUGAAGGUAGUUAUUUGAAGCAAAACAGCCUCUUAAAAGAGGGGAAAUAUUAGCUCUCAUUCUGCUCAUCUUGAGGGCACAGUAUAGUGAGGAGUUGAAUAGAAGUGUUCAAAUAAGCAUGAUAUUGUGGAAAUAAUCUUAUUUUCCAGGACAAACCGAUCGUCACGAAUAAUGAUUACAUUACUGAGGGCAUGUUACAGGAGCAGGUUCCAGAUGCUCUAGCAGGUGGCCUUGGGAAAGCUACUUCUCUUAUAUCAACGUAAAAUAGGAAAUAAUUCCAUCUUUCAGGGUUGUUGCGAGGGAUAACUCAAACCACACAUGAAGCAUGUAACACAAUGCUUUAUGUAGAGAAUGUGCUCAAUUCUAAUGGUAACUGUAAUUACUAUUAGCUUUUCAUGCAGUCAUGCUACUAUGAAUUAUUCUUUUAGUAGUCCCCAAAUGUUUCUAUUUUGUUUUUAUACUAGUGAUACUGUGCAGAAACUUCAUUUCUUUACUAUGAUCUUUUCUUCUUUCUCUCCUUUUCAUUCAAACUGACCUCAUCCAGCACCCGACUCACCUUCUCCCUUACAUGUCCAGUCCCUUAAGCAUUAAGCCCUCAGGACUAUGAGGUUCUGGUCAACAUCAAAUAAUCUUAAGAACAAGGCCUCGGGUCUUUUGACCACAGAGACAGAGUUUCAAUUAAACUAAAGACGGCAUCUAGGCCUCAGUUGUGUUUUAGCUCCAGACCCAGAAAAGUGGUGAAACCAGAUGAAGCGACACCAUGGCUGACAUCAGGAGCAGAUGCACUGAUCACCACGCUCUACCCUAGCGCCUACCAAUCAGUAGAGACCAUAACCUUGACCAUGACCCUAACUCCCUUAGUCACCGUGAUGAAUGAUUUUCCCCCUAUAUAAUCCACCCUCUGAAGUACAUGAUGGUUCAGGGUCUUUAAGCAUUAGCUCACCUGUGACUCCAGGUUUAGUGAAAAUGUCUCAAAAAAUCCAUGGCGGUUCAGUGGUAGAGAUGCAAGGAGAUGAAAUGACACGAAUCAUUUGGGAGUUGAUUAAAGAAAAACUCAUUUUUCCGUAUGUGGACCUGGACCUGCACAGCUAUGAUUUAGGCAUCGAGAACCGUGAUGCCACCAAUGACCAGGUCACCAAGGAUGCCGCAGAAGCUAUAAAGAAGUACAACGUUGGCGUCAAGUGUGCCACCAUCACCCCCGAUGAGAAGAGGGUUGAGGAGUUCAAGUUGAAACAGAUGUGGAAGUCGCCCAAUGGCACCAUCCGAAAUAUUCUGGGUGGUACUGUCUUCAGGGAAGCUAUUAUCUGCAAAAACAUCCCCCGGCUUGUGAGCGGAUGGGUGAAACCCAUCAUCAUAGGUCGUCAUGCGUAUGGGGAUCAGUACAGAGCAACUGAUUUUGUUGUUCCCGGGCCUGGAAAAGUAGAGAUAACCUACACGCCAAGUGAUGGGUCCCCAAAAAAGACAUACGUGGUACAUAACUUUGAAGAGGGUGGUGGUGUUGCCAUGGGGAUGUACAAUCAAGAUAAGUCAAUCAAAGAGUUCGCACACAGUUCUUUCCAGAUGGCUUUGUCCAAGAGUUGGCCUUUGUACCUGAGCACCAAAAACACUAUUCUGAAGAAGUAUGAUGGGCGUUUUAAAGACAUCUUUCAGGAGAUCUAUGACAAGCAGUACAAAUCCCAGUUUGAGGCCCAGAAGAUCUGGUAUGAGCACAGGCUCAUCGAUGACAUGGUGGCCCAAGCCAUGAAGUCGGAGGGAGGCUUCAUCUGGGCCUGUAAAAACUACGACGGCGACGUGCAGUCCGACUCCGUGGCCCAGGGUUAUGGCUCUCUGGGCAUGAUGACCAGCGUGCUGAUUUGUCCAGAUGGCAAGACGGUGGAAGCAGAGGCUGCCCACGGGACUGUCACACGUCACUACCGCAUGCACCAGAAGGGGCAGGAGACAUCUACCAAUCCCAUUGCUUCCAUUUUUGCCUGGACCAGAGGCUUAGCCCACAGAGCUAAGCUUGAUAACAACAAAGAGCUCGGCUUCUUUGCAAAGGCUCUGGAAGACGUCUGUGUUGAGACCAUCGAGGCUGGCUUCAUGACCAAGGACUUGGCUGCUUGUAUUAAAGGUUUACCCAACGUGCAGCGUUCUGACUACUUGAAUACGUUUGAGUUCAUGGACAAACUCGGAGAAAACUUGAAGAUAAAACUAGCUCAGGCCAAACUUUAA